AUGGGCACUUACAAGUUCACCUGGGCUCAUCCGGCCGAGGAGGUCUAUGUUACCGGCACCUUCGACAACUGGACUAAGAGCGAGAAGUUGGACAAGGUCGGCAACUCGUUCGAGAAGACAGUUACCCUGCCCGACGCUUCGCAGAAGAUUUACUACAAGGUUCGUAGCCGCCAAUUCGGGCGAUUUCCCUUUUCCCCAUGA